AUGGCGUCGCCUGGCCUUCAGAGCCACUAUGACAAUGCAAAUCCUGCAGAUCAGGAACCAUUACCGCAGCUGGAUGAUAUCAAGGUUGAUUAUCAUCCUCACAGCCAGAUUCCGUCCACCAUUCAUCAUUUUGCCGAUUUCUCUCGCACACGUCCCACAGAAGUUUCAGUACCUCGGAAUCAUGCACCAUGGGAACCAUUCCGAACACGGCUCGAUUUUGAGGUCGCGGAAAUCGCCCUUGAAGCUGCACUCAACGCAGAUCAAACCAAUCGUCUGCUUAGUCUCGUUCAUCGUUCCGCACGUAGUGACGAAACCUUUACACUACGAAACCAUGAUGAAGUCCGGGAGUUGUGGUCAACCGCUUCCCAACGCUUCACUCCGUUUCAAGUUGAUGUAGUUUCGGUUCCGUAUAAAAACAAGGUGCACGAGUUUGAUAUGCACUAUCGUCCUCUUUUGGAAUGGGCUCUUGAUAUGUUGCGAGAUCGACGUCUUGCGCCGCACUUCGUAUUUGAUGCACAGCGCCUAUAUAAAUUCAAUGGUACGCGUUUUUCACGACUUCCACCUGAGGCAAAGCCUCUCGCUUUUAUAUUGUAUGCAGACAAGGCAAAAUUAUCCUCUUUCGGUACCCAGAAAGCCUAUCCGAUUGUUUGUCGGAUCGCAAACCUGCCUGUCGAAAUCCGGAACGGUACUGGUCUUGGUGGUGGCCGAAUUGUAGGUUGGCUGCCUAUUGUGUCAGAGGAUCCGGAGCAUGCAGGAAAAAGCAGCUUUGUGAACUUCAAGAAUGCCGUUUGGCACGAGUCCUUUUUAAAACUUUUAGAAUCUGUCAUACAGAUCUCGAGGACAGGAUAUUGGUUCGAGUGUGGUGAUGCCAUCCGGCGCCUGCUGUGGCCCUUGAUUUUGAUUCUGAGUGCCGACUAUGAAGAACAAUGUGUUAUGGCAUUGAUUCGCGGACUGAAAGGUAAAUUUCCCUGCCCAAUCUGCUUGGUUCCUCGAGACGAGCAAUCCGUCUUAUCUCACGAACUUCAAUUACGGACAAGCGCUGAGUCUGAGGAGACCCUUCGGUUGGCCCGCGCGAAGAAAUCUAAGAAGGAGAGGGAAAACUUACUUAAAACUUACUCGCUGCGUGACGUUGAAAAUGUCUUCUGGAGAAUGCUGCUCACUGACAUUCACCGAGCGCUCUCCUUUGAUCGCAUGCAUGUGCAUCAUGGAGGGCUUUGGAGGCACCAUCUGUGGAAGGAGCUGCAGUUCUGGAUACUUGAAUUAGGGCGAGAAGCUGUUGCGGAGAUGGAUGCAAACUAUGAUGCUUUUCCGCAGUGGUCUAACCUGACGCACUUCUCGAAGGUAGUUGGAGUUGAUUUCAAUGACAGCUCGCAUCACGAGGACAUAUCGAAGAUGGCUAUCUUUGCGGCGCAAAGGAUCCUCCGCCGUUCACAGAGUAAGCUCGGCUAUCUCCUUCUGCGAUGCAUACGCCACUAUAUCGAUCUCGACAUUUAUGCUGGAUUUGAGGUUCACACUGAAGGUACAAUAUCUGCAGGAAGACAAGCUCUGCAGGAUUUUUCAGCGCUGAUGGAGGAGUAUAUUCUCAAAUCACAGCCUAAACACGCAAGUUCGCAUCUAUUCGACAAUAUCUUGGCGAAAGGCGCGAUGCAAAACUACAACACAAAACCGAACGAGAAGAUGCACGGCCCCGUGAGGGACAUCUACCACAAUCGAACGAAUUUCAAGGACGUCGCUACACAGAUUCUUCGCUAUGAUCAUUGGUUACUAACCUCAACAUCAAUGCGCUCUGAACUCGACGAGUUGGACGAGUACAAUCGGAAAGCCAACCUCCCAACAACAGAAGACGCAGACACAGAAAAUCCUGUGAUUUCUGUGGCCCCAGCUCCCUGCACUCACGUAAAGUUAGGCUCGGCGCAAGGUGACAUCUCAUUUGCAAGUCUCGAGCAGUCGCACGCAGACGACAGGGCCUUUGUUGGUUUUCGAGUCAAACUCAACGGCUUCCUGAACACAUUCUUCCCCAGUAACGACAUUCCUUUACCAGAUGGCAAGCACAUUCAUUUGCAGGCUGACAACAAGAUUACCGGAUACAAAUAUCUGCAAGUCAACUACGAGUCUAUGGUCAACUGGCGCCAGUGCAGAGACCUCCUUCGAUGCAACCCCGAGUUCUUUGGAUCUCCGCGAUAUGAUUGUGUUAUGGUUCAAACCAACAAUCAACCAUUUUUUGCUCGCCUUAUCUUCAUGUUCGGUUGCUCGAUUGACGAAACCAAUCUCUCACUGGCGCUCAUACAUCCAUAUGAUGUCGGAAUCGGUGUCCGUAGCAAGCAUGACACUGAGCUGGGACUAUGGCGUGUACGAGCCAAACCUCGGUCAUCUCCCGAAUUCAUCUCUGUAAGGUCGAUUAUCCGAGGGGCUGCGCUUGCCAGUGAUCCUGGGAGACAAGGCGAUUACUUCGUCAUCGACACGGUUGAUGCAGAAAUGUUUCUUCGGCUCAAGUAUCUGCAAGCUUAA